AUGUCACGCUACAUCCAGCUGCUGGGCUCUGACACGCCUAACGGGUACGGUGGGUGCUGCUACUACGGCCCGCUCGAUCAUCCUGCGCUGCGUGAGUCCACCUUCACCUGCUCAACGGGGUCGAGUUCGUCUACCGGGGUGGUGCCACCACAGGCUUCAAGACACAUCGGCGCUGUUGAUGCCGAAUAUAUGUUACAGUCGGGCGCUGAAGUUAGUAUUUCCGCGCCUACGCUUGAGCUAUCAGUGCGUGCACGUGCCCACGACACGCUUCACCAGCCCUCCCCGACGAAGGAGGCAGCCGAGUCUGCGGUGUCCCCGUUGCGGAACUACUCCUCGUACCUCGCGGCGAAGCGACCAACGUGGCCGCGAGCUGGUUUACUCCACCCCUCCACACUCCUGCAUCCACGGUCACCAUCGCCAUCCGUAUCCCCAUCAGCGGUAGCAGCGGCGUCAGCGCCGCACGUGACGGGAGACGCCGGCUUAAGUGGCGGUGAGGGCUACAUCUUCUUCAACUGUCCAGAGGGCACACAGCGGUUUAGCUCGGAGGCGAACAUCAAGCUCAAGAAGGUGCGAGGCUUCUUCUUCACGCGGUGGAGCAGCACGGGGGCCAGUGCGUCUCCUUCCACUUCCGCCACUAUCGCCGGUUCCGCAGAGGAUGAGCAGCACAGGAGCGCAUCAGCGGACCCCGUCGCCGAUUCCGCACCUGCGACGAUGUUAGAGGGGCCUGUCGGCGCGGCGUCGGCUGUGAUGGGACUGCCUGGCAUGCUCUUUACUAUCAACGAUGCCGGCGUACGGCAUGCCACGUUCUUCGGCCCAAGCGUGGCCCUAGACGGCCCACAGCAGCUCGCUUGUAUUGAUGCCCUCACGCCGGCCAGUGUACGCAACGGCGAUGGUGGCAGCAAGCCCCACCACACCAGUGCGCAUACCCAUGCGCCUGUUUGCCCCUUUUCGUGUGCUUGCGACUCAGUUGCGCUUUCCUCAACAGGAAGAUCAACGGUAGCUGCGGCAGGAGCCCAACAAUCCCCGCCACUACCGUCGACUGGUCUGCGUGGCUUCUUGACGGCGCUACGCCUCCACUACUUCCAGUACCGACCUAUGAUUUUCCGGCAGCUCCACGGAGUCGUGAGAAGGGCGACCGAUGAGGCGGUGGGCUGCAGCCACGGUGACACCCUCGCAGGCAUGACGGCGACUGCCGGGAACAACCAGCUGUACUUUGUGGAAACCGUGGGUGAGCCAACGAUGUUGCACGGCUCACGAGAGGGUGGCCCACUGGCGGACGCGUCACCGUUUGUUCAUGCAACACUACCCCUCAGCUCGCAGAGUCUUCUUGUGGCGUUUCGCGUAUCGGGUGGCCAUAGAAAUGGCAAGAAGGCGAGCGCCACGGCCGCCGCCGCCGCGAGUGAUGUGAUGCUCAGCCUGUCACAGCCGGCGUCUCCGCCCACGAUGACCGAAGGGGAGCAGCGGCGUCAUUUGCAUUCCUCAGUGCUCACAGAGGGACGAAACGAAAGGACAGUCGCGGGUGCGUCAGCGUCAACGGUGUCCUUCACGGCCCCAACGAGUCAUGAUGUAGUCUUUGGCUACGCGAUCAUCGUGGCGCCGGGGUCGAGCUUUGACGCCGCCAAGGCGUGCGCCCUGGGUGUCCGCUCGGGCCCCAAGUACGGCCAGCUCAAGCUAGGGAUGUGCGUUGAGGCAGACAUGGUGGUGGACGCGGUGGACAGGUCAGUCGGACCAAUGCCGCCCUCGCAGAAUGCUAUCGCUUCCUGUGGGCAGGUCAGCGGCCAAUCGCCGACCCCAACUCAGCGCUGGGUGUACCCACAUCAGGUGAUGCGGCCCACCGCGGCAACGAAGCAUGCAUAUAUCUCGCUCGUGCUGGAUGGCGAUCGGCCAGAGGAUGUGCGAGAGGCACUUACGCGACUGUUAGGCAGCUCCUUCCGUGAAGGUGUGGGCUUGCCUGAGAAGGGCUCUGCUGCUGCGUGCGAGGAGGCUGCCGAGAACGACGACGCCUGCCGCAACACUGCGGCAGGUGAGCACGGCGGUGGGGUACUUCAGCGACUGCUGCGCGAGCAUUUUCCGCACCUCGCGUAUUACUACGAAGAGGAGGAGGAAGUGGGCGAGGGGGUGACGGCAGCGCCACCCCAUUCCCAAAAGCCACGCUGGAGUCGACGACCGCGUCAGCUCGCCGUGCGGCACGUUGUUCACGUACAGCCGACGUCGUACUUUGCUGAGUUUGAGCAUCGCUGCCGUCCGAGCGCGCUGCCCUGCUCGUCACGCCACGAAGCUGGCGCACCCAGCGUCUACGCUGCCUACAACGCGUACAUAUUUGCUGAUGUUGCUGGUCAGCACGACCCCCUUCAUCAACAUCGACACAUCUGCCGCUCAGAGGGUCACCGCGAGGAGGAGGCGGUCGCGGAGAAGGCCGAGAGGGGCAGUGACGCGGUCGUGCCUACAAACGCACUCUUGUCGUCACGGCAGAAGUCUUCUCGAUCUCUGCCAGCAGUGCAGCUUUCGCUGACCCCGUCGCUGUCCUUCACUCUUCACGACAUGGCCGAAGAUGCUGAUGAUGACGCGGGGAUGGGCGAGGACGGGGAGUGCGAGAGCAGCUCUAAGCCGACCGGGGAAGCGCACCGGAGACACUCGCCGCAGCUGCUGCACGGGUGCCCUCCAGCGGCACGACUGCCACGGCGCACGACAUGGCACCUGUUUACCAGCUACGUGCAGCGGCACUUCACAGCUUUCCCGACGGCGCUCGUCCACCGUUAUCAUCUACACCAUCUUGCACCUUCGCUCUUUCCUAUCGUGGGAGCCACAGUGCUGGCGAAAAGAACUGGUGGCGCUGACCACGUCUCUGAGAAUGGCACCGCCCGUAGCGGCGUAGCGGGAGAGUCGACUAGCUCGGCGGAGGCUUCCGACAGCGGUGGCGCAGUGCGCACGCAGCGCGCAAAGACAAGCGCAUCGGACUUGAGCAGCACCUCUGCAGACGACAGCGUAGUGUACUGGCCCUACUCACUGAAGCUGCGGUGCGUCCCUGAGGCAGCGGUGCAGCUGUUUUGCAGAAAUCAAGGCGCUGAAAAGAAGAAGACUGUCCAAGUACAGCAGCGGACAGAGCUGGCAGGGUCGCUGCGGCUGGUACCAUCAGCUGUUAACGCUUCUUCAGGCCACGCUACUGCUGGUGUUACUUCUUCUUCCCGUCCCCUGCUGACUCCCCGCAAGCGCGAGCGGCAGACGAGCUCGAGCCCUGAUACCCCGUCAGCAACGGCCUGCAGAGCGCGUGCUAGUGCUUCCGCUUCGACUGCAACUGCCGCAAAGCCAAGAGAACUAACACCACCACUACCACCACCAGCAGCAGCUCGCACUCGGCCUCCCUCAGCACCACCGCGCCACGUUGCUGUUGUGGAUGGCGUUGCGUCGUUGCUGCCGUACCCCACACCGGCCUCCGCGCUGGCCCUUCUCUCCGCCACAUUUCUGCGCUCACUGAAAACAAACUCUGCUGCUGCAACGAGGACUGGAAGCGCAUCCGUGGCGGCCUUGACGUCGACUGAAAGACACAUGAACAGGGACGACAGCUUCGAAGCCUUGCAGCAGGCUGUGGAUAUGGCCAGCACCGGAACUAGCGGCAUUGGCGGUGGCGCGCUGGGGUUUCUUGGCACCGGGUCUGCUGUCCCCAGCAAGUACCGCAACGUGAGUGGCACCUUUCUCGAGCUGCACCUUCCCUCUUACUGCUUUCCAGGAAGGGGCUGCCCUGCUAAGCGCCUGCUCCACGAGGAUGACCGCGUCAAUGCCUCGGAAACUGCGUCGGUGGUGGCAGAGGAUACGCCGUCGGCGACGCGUGCCAGGCCCCCUGCGGGUGAGGCGGCUUGCCCGUGGGGUGGAGAUGAUGUCUUGCUUGACGUUCACUCGACUAACUCUUCCGCACGCUCGCAUGCCCCUGCCGCAGCUCGCAUCGAUGGCUCGCAGCCGGCGGUGCCACCACGCCUGCCAUCAACACCGAUGUCAUUGGGGUUUCAGCAGCUUCGACGUGGGGUGGUAAUCCUGGACUUCGGCGAGGGGAGUACCGGGCAGCUCGCCUCUCUCUGCGGGCAUCUCCGUGGCGGCGGCGCAUGCAGUCAUCGCUCACCUUGCUGCGCCUUGUCCACUUCACCGCUGCACUGUGCACUUGGCGGCCAUCAGGAGAGCGGCAGGGACCGGUGUAAAGGUGCCGGCGACCACGGGGAGGACGCAGGGAGCAACGCUCUCUCUCCCCACACAGCCUCCGCAGCGGGUUUCACGGAGAUGGAGGAUGAUGCAGACAAACGUCUUGGAGAGUUUGUGCUGGAUAUUAUCCUCGUCUUCAUAUCCCAUGCUCACGCAGACCACCACCUCGGCCUCAUGUCCCUCCUCACGCUGCGCCAUCAAUACCUCCAGCGCGGCCAAUCCGCCUUGCCGUCGGUUCCAAAGCUACUCGUCGUGUGCCCGACAGAGGUCUACGCGUUCAUGAUGGACACCUGGGGCGGCACGGCACCCUACAGGACAUGGCUUCAUGAAGAAUGCGUCUUUGAUCUGAUGCCGCCACCGGUUAGUGCCCUUCACAGCAAGGGGGUGCUGUCGGGUGUUUUGGCGAGGGAGGGAGGCGGUGCUGCGCCGCACGGGCGCCAGCAAAAGCCUCACGCCGUGGCCCCCGUGGCCGACAACAGCACUCGUGACAGUGCGGAUGGUACGGAGCCCGAGCGUGACUCCGUCGAUGGUGGUGAUGUGGACCCCGGUCGUGCCGCAUCAUUCACGCAUCGCUGUCCUCAUCGUCAUCGUCCCACUCUCCACUCCUCCGACUACCAGCCAGAGCAGCAGCAUGUCGUACCGAUGCGACUGCUGCAAGCGCACCUCGCUGCGUGGAACCGAGCCAUCGCAGUCGGCAUCCGGGAUCACCAGCGGCAACCUCUCUCCGACUUGCCCCUCUUAUCUUCCGCUGAACCGCUGGCUGCCACCUCUAUGACGGCCGCGCGCCGUGUUGACUGUGAUGGCGAUGCCGCUGCGGCAACGGCAGCGGCGGCAGCGUUGGGGAGGGACAAUGUCUGGUGGGAUGCGGAGGUGAUCACCGUAGACCACCCCGCCAACGCACAUGCGCUGCUCUUGCGAUUUCCUUUCUGCUCCCCGGUGACGGAAGCGAAGCGCCAGCGCGGUGUGUGCAGUGAGGCGUCGGAUGGCGGAGCCACCUGCGCGGCCAAUUCAGACGCGGCUGAGGCUGCGACUGGACGACAGCGCAGCGCAGAGCUGUUCUCAUGCAUCCCUGAUAGCUCUCGUGUGCUGCUCUUCUCAGGCGACACACGCCCGUCGUCCUUCUUGGUAGAGCAAAGUUGGGCCUUUGCCGCAUCAACGCGGAAUUCGCUGCCCAGAUGCUCUGACUCCUUCGAGCUCACUGAUGGAGGUGGUCUCGUGACUGGCAAAGCUGACUCAGGCAGGGCUUUCGAGGAGGAGGAGGGGGUGGCCCUCGAGGCGAAGCUGCACGGAAGCGGCACCGUUGGUAGACUUCAAAGGGCAGCGCUAGUGCGACUUCCAACUUCGCUGCCGCCGUCGUCGUCGGCGCCGCCAUCCUCUCCGUCUUCGCCUGUGUUCAUCCUCGUGCACGAGGCGACGUUUGGCCCCGGAUUCGAAGACGAGGCGGUUCGCAAGAAGCAUUCGACUCUUCCCGAGGCACUCCGCAUCGGCGCCGCGGUGCAGGCGGAAUACAUCGUCUUGAACCACUUCUCUCAGCGCUACCCAAAGCUGCCGGGCUUGUCGAAGGAGCUGCUGGGCGGACGGUCGACGAGCCUCGUUUGUCAACGCCGUACGCGAGCCUCCGCCGCAGUACCGGCGACAUCGGCGGUGACUGGUGCGGGGGCAGAGCACCCUGCAAACCUUGUCGAUGAUGGCGUAGGGGGCGAUAAUGCGCCAAGGUCAAGUGACUCCGGCGAGCAACAGAGGUCCACAGGAAAGGCUUCAUCAACGGCUCCGCGAGAGGAUGGCGGCCACACCAAAGGUGAUCGGGGCGCUGAGCAGACGGAGGACUCGGGGCAGCCACUGCCGCCGCCACCUGCUGACGCUGCCGACGCAGCUGUAUCGCUGUACGCCAACAUGUCCUUCGCCUUUGAUCUCAUGUCCGUAUCUUUCAGCGACAUGCAGCGUGGUCUUGUGUCGCGACUUACGCCGACACUCGUGCGAUUGCUGGAGGAGUACGACUCGUGGGGCAUCGGCACGACUCAGCGGAUUCGAAGCGGCGGCGAAGGCAGCGGUGGUGGUCGUCCACCGAAGUAG